AUCAUGGAGGGAGAUUUGAGUUGUUUUAUGUAGCAACUUUGACGCUUUUCUUUGGAAUUACCUGCACAGCCUCUCAAUGGAGCUCGAUAAAGACAUCCAGACAACGCAAAGAGGAUUUCACUGCAACCUCUGCAAUGUUAAUAUACCCAACAAGCCGAGCCUGGAAGAUCAUGUUAAAGGAAGAAAGCACCAGCAUCUGCAGCGGCUCAGAGCUCAGCGUAAAGCUCAGGAGGAAAACAGCGUGUUCGUGAGCGGCUUUAAACCAGACACCUCUCAAACCGAUCUGAAGGAGUAUUUCACACAGUUUGGACAGGUGUCAGAUGUGAUCAUGGACAAGGACAAGGGUGUGUAUGCUAUAGUGGAGUUCUCCGAGCCGAAGAACGUUCAGACAGCUCUGGAACAGCUACAGCAUCAGCUCAAUGGACUCCAGCUCCGUGUCAAGCCCAGAGAGAGGAAAGACUUCAAACUGUCCAGCAGGGGGAAACCCAAAAACACCCAGAUCAGCCUGGACAAACUCAACAACGAGCUCUGCAAGGCUACAUCUGUCAAUGAGCAGAUGCAAAAGGUGGUGGAGUUUUUUGAGCUGAAUGACAAUGAGAAGAAAGUGAGAGAUCUCCUAGUUCAGCUGCUACAGGAAGUCUUCACAGAGUUCUUUCCAGAUUGCCAGAUUGUGCCCUUUGGCUCCUCUGUGAACACGUUUGGGAUUCACUCCUGUGACCUUGAUCUGUUCCUCGACCUUGAGAACACCAAAGCAUUUCAAGCUCGCGCAAAGACUACUGGAUUGACAGGAGAAAAUCAGUCUGAGGAUUGCCAUUCUGAAGACUCCAUUUUGUCCGACAUUGACCUGUCCACUGCCACUCCUGUUGAAAUUUUGGAGCUUGUUGCAGCCAUUUUGAGGAAGUGCGUUCCAGGUGUACACAAAGUACAGACGCUCAGCACUGCCCGACUUCCUGUGGUCAAGUUCAGUCAUCGAGAGCUCAACCUCCAAGGAGACAUCACAAUCAACAAUAGAUUGGCAGUAAGAAACACUCGAUUUCUGCAGUUGUGUUCAGGCAUCGAUUCCAGACUGCGACCCUUAGUCUACGCCAUCCGAUUAUGGGCUAAGCAGAAACAAUUAGCAGGGAACCUGUCUGGGCCUGGACCGUUGUUGAACAAUUACGCUCUUACACUGCUGGUGAUCUUCUACCUUCAGAAUCGAGACCCUCGUGUGCUUCCCUCUGUGAAUCAGCUCAAGAACAUGGCCUGUGAGGAAGAAGAGUGCGUUAUUGAGGAAAGGGAUUGUACAUUUCCUAGUCAGCCCUUUAGUGUACCACCCAGCAAAAACACUGAAGAUCUCUGCACUUUGCUUUUUGGAUUCUUCACCUUUUACUCACAGUUUGAUUUCCCUGCAUCAGUGGUGUCUCUGCGAGACGGCCGUGUGCUCCCUAUUACAGACUUCUUUUGCAGUGACGAGGAUGCGGUAAACGCUGCAGAGGCCUCUAGUCCCAAACCAAAGCGCUCCUCUGCCCCUAAACUGGGCCCAAUGAAUGUCCUAGAUCCAUUUGAGCUAAACCACAAUGUGGCUGGGAACCUUAACGAACGAACACAAAAGAACUUCAAGAGAGAAUGCUGCGAUGCUGAGAAGUACUGCCGCAGUUUGCAGUACCAGCGCAAAUCAGCCAAGGGCAAAUCCUGGGGCCUUGUGCGGCUCUUUGCACCGCCAAGUGAAACAGGACCCCGACCGAAAGUCGAGACUGAGAAGAUUAUGGAGGUCGGCAUCUCUUUCAAGGCAGCCAUUCUCCCAGAACCCUUGCGUGCCCAACUGGCAUUGGCUGGGAAGGGUUUUAGGGGUCUUUGGUUUGCGAAGGUCUGCUCUGCUGUGCAGAUGGUGUUUCAAGAAAUUUUAAAAUGUUCACCCUCUGAGGAGACUCAAACUGCAGACCUUUGUCAAAGUCUGGACAAAGCCAACAGAGAUGGAAAUGAAAUGGAGGUGAAUAAUAACCAGAGUCUAGAAGAUACUGCUCCUCAAGCCAAAAGUGAAGCUGGUAAGAAGAGGCCUCUUAUAAUGGAGGAGGGUCCAUCAACCUCCACUGUUAUGCAAGCUAAAAGACAGAAACUAGAUGUUGAUAUGGAGCACCCAGAGCCGGUCCACUGGACUUGGACUCAAAGGAGCUGUGUUUGGGCAGGCCGACGGAAAGUGCGGAGAGAUCUCUUGAAGACUAGUGAUGAGACUUCCAAACCUGAAGGAGGCUGCGUUGACAUUGAAAGCAGGGUGACACAGAGCAUUGUGGAGAAAGAGGAGAAAAUUCAAGAAUUGUUGUUCAAAGUGGAUGCAGAAGUUGUUGGCGGGAAUGAAAACACCAUGGUUGUCCUCCGUUUUCACCCCAGCCAUGAUACUGCAGCCGUCUUUCAAGACUUCUUCCAUUUUCUAGAGUCCUUCCUGCCUAAGAUGGCAGAAACGAUCCUAGGGAGAGCAGAGGAUGUUACAGAAAUGUCAUAGUUUAUUUUUUUAUUUUUUUGGUUA